AUCAGAAUUUGGUUAGAUAUCAUCCUCCAGGAUUGCGCACAGUCGUGGCGACAGCUGCCAUGGAGGCCCUUGAGCGAUUCCGCUUCAUCACUUCUGCCACUGCAGGGUCGCGUCGGGUCAAAAAGAACCCUCCCCCAGCUGCUCGGAAGAAAAGUCGGGUGGGCCUUCUUGAUGGCGAUGAAGCAGACAUAGAGGAGCUAGCCGUCCUUGCUUCGAAUGCUGGAAACAGUGGAGUUUCAAUAAUCUCAGAUGGAGGUUUUGGUGCAAUGCCUCCGCUUCAGGGAGCCAAUACUUCUGCAGAAUGCACUGGGGAAGUGCUAGGCGCUACAGGCGUUGACGAUUCUCCAGAGAGAAAGUUUGGGGCAAAGUCGAACCAACGUGGUAGGAAAGCUGGACGGGGAGCAUUUAAGUGGGGCACUGCAACAGCACAAGCCCCAGAAAGGUGGAAAGAGGUGCUCGACGGCAUCAGGGAGAUGCGGACCGCAAGGGAUGCCCCUGUUGAUCUCUUUGGCACCAGGCAGUGUGUUGACCCAGAAGCAGACCUCGAAACCCAACGGUUCCAAGCAUUGGUGGCUGCAAUGAUAAGCUCUCAGACCAAAGACCCAGUCACGGCUGCCGCGAUGCUGCGACUGCGGGCGCUGCCAGGCGGCCUGACGAUUGCCAAUGUAGCAAGCCCUGAGAUGAGCGUCGAGAGUUUACAGGGCACCCUGCACCCAGUGGGCUUCUUCAGGCAGAAAGGCGCACACUUGAAAGCCAUGGCUCAGAAGCUGGCGGCUGCCCCGCACAACGGCCGCGUGCCCAGCACAGUGAACGAACUGAUGGAGCUUCCGGGGGUGGGUCCCAAGGUCGCGCAUUUGACUCUGGUCGUCGCCUUUGACAUGCCCGAGGAGGGUCUCAUCGUGGACACGCACGUGCGUCGCGUCUGCGAGCGGCUCGGAUGGGCGUCCCCCGACCGGACGCCCGAGCAGACGCGCCUGGCGAUCGAAUCGUGGCUGCCGAAAGCGCAGUGGGCGGAGACGAGCCUUCUACUUGUGGGCUUCGGACAGCAGGUUUGCACGCCUCUAAGACCACGAUGUGGAGACUGUCGAAUCAGCGCUUUGUGUCCAUCAGCUUUCAGAGACUUAGCUACAAAAACAGAGAGAAAGCAAGGGAAAAGCAGAGCAGCUGUGAAGAGGAAGAAGGGCGAGACAAGUGAAGCGACCGCAAACGAUAUUCGGCCCUAGAGCUGGCCAGGCCACGUGUACAUUACGAUGCAACUUUGCGUUUGUGGCGGUCAAAAGAGACUGCCCAAGCUUCGCAACUUCUUGAACAGAGAGGAAACAUUCAGUAUAGAAUAAGAGACAGCGCGCGCGGGCCAGGUGCACGGGAAUGAGAAGCUCGAUUUAUUCCCGCCAGAGGAGAU